AUGUCUGUGAGAGUGAGACGAACAAGAUCGGUAUCUAAGUGGAAAGAAGUCUUAGGCUUCGACGAGGGGUUCUACCCCACAUCCGAAACUCCUCCUCCAUAUCAUCGUUAUGAAUCCCCAGAAUCCCUCUAUGAAUCCAUAGGAUCCAUCAGUCCUACUGUAUCCUACUAUCAUGAGACACUCGAAGAACUCACUCCCAAAUUCAAAUUUCAUUAUUCCGACGCACCGGAAGUCGUUAAUCACACACCAUAUUACGAUGAUUCGCCCGAGGCCAUAGAUACGCCUCUCGAUUAUACCUAUUCAGAUGCGCCGGAAGCAGUUAUAGAACCAUCAGAUGCUCCAGAAGUAGUGAUAAAUUCAUCAGAUGCUCCGGAAGCAGUCAUACAUUCUCCGAUAUCUUCAAUAACGUCGAGGUUUAAUACUUCUACUUAUUCGACUCAUGCACCAAGCAAUAUACCAUCGCAUACCCCAAUCAACACCUCCAAUACCGGAAUUAGGUUUCCACGAGAUUUAACCUUUACGAGGAAUUCGAUAUAUGACAUUCUCCUUUCACCAUCAUCACCACCAGCAGCAUCCAAUGAUACAAAACCCCUCCCGUCCCCACCACCACUAUUUUAUAUAACCAUCCACCAAUCCACGCCUCAAAGUACUCCCGCUGUGCCAUUCCUAAGUAACUCCAAUAAACCCGACAUAGCACUCCAUUCCACCGCCUCCCCCACUUCACCCCUCCUCGCCUUCGCCAGCUUCAACACCGUCACCCUGAUUACAGAUAUAACCACACUCCCGCGACUCACCCGGCCCCUCUCCCCCCUCACACCCCCAACCUCCUCCUCGUUCCCCUCCAAAUCCAUCGUCCCUCCCCCCACAACCUACAAUCUGCCUACAUCCCCCGGAGACUCACUUACCUUUGGCGUUCGAUCCCAAGGCUACAAGACGGAAAAACUAGUGCCCACGGGCGGAAUAUUCACCGCGGAACGCUUCGCCUUCUACCACACGCUCCCGCGCACCUUUGUCAAAGAGAAAUUCGAAUGGCGACAAGUAUCUUCGUCUUCGUCCUCGGCUCCCCUCGUCGGUCUCGCUUCUGUGCCCGUGGAAAUGACAAGUAAGAGAGGGGGAGUCAAGAUGAAAUUAUUGAGAUGUUCGACGGGCGAAACAAUAGCGGUGUAUGUAGGAGUCGGCAAUGAAGAUUGGGCUGAUAAGGAGAGGAAAAGACGGCCGAGGAAGGAGAGGGGUAAGGUGCUGGGUUUGAUGAGGUGGUUGGAUUUGGAGAGUGGGAGUGCGGGGUUGGGGGAUGAGUUUGAGUUGAUGGGGGUUAUGAGUGUGCUUGGGGUGAUGGAGAGGUGGAGGAGGGUUAUGAAUGUGCAGAAGCAGUUGGGCAUGUUUACUUCGUGA